AUGUACUCUCUGAACCUUCCCGUCUCCGCCAUCCGCACCAAGGUCCGCCAGGAAUUUGAGAAGCACCGCUACGUCAGCCAGCUGCAGGUCGUUGACGUGCUUCUGUACCAAAGCCACGCCGAGUUCCAGGAAACCCUCAACUACUGGAAACAGCUCUCCCACGUGAUGAAGUACUUCCGGCCAGAGGAGGACCCCGGCGCCCGGCUACCCCCCAACUUUAUCUCCGGCUUCUUGGAGGGCCGCAAUUGA